AUGGCGACGCUCAAAGAGCUGCUCACGCAGCAAGACGUUUUAAUCGGACAAAUCUCUCGUUCGGUGACAAAUUUGAAAAAACUUGGUGCGAGCAAUCUCACGGCCGCCAAGGUGAAACAUCGCCUCGGUACCUUGGAGAAACUGUGGGAGAAGGCGCAGCUCGUCAACAUCCAGCUCCUUCAAGGGGCCUCCAAGGAAGAAAAGGAGCAAUUAGGCUACUUCAAACAAGGUACAAUCCUCCUCGCCGAGGAGGAGUACCUCGACGCUUCCGACUACAUGGCCGAUCUCAUCGAGACGCUCUCCGAAAAACCCUCUACCCUAGGGCAUGCAGGUGAUACCAGCUCCGUGCAAACGACAGUUGCGAACAAUUCCGCGAUGAAACUCGGCCGCAUUGAUCUUCCAGAAUUUUCCGGUGACCGUUUAAAGUGGUCUCAUUUUCGCGAUAUGUUCGAGACUCUCGUGAUAAAUAAUUCGUCACUAAAUGGGGUCACGCGGUUGCAUUACUUGAUGUCCAAGCUUAAGGGCGAUGCCGCCGCUUUAUUGGGUAAUUUUAAAAUCACCGAAGAUAAUUUCGAGCCCGCAUAG